CUCUAUCAUUCAAUUAAUAAUGAGGCAGAGGCUCACCCUCACCCAAUAAAAUGAAAACUGCAUCAUCAUCAUCAUCACUGCUCGCAUUGUUGCUAAUUUCCUCUUUCGUUCAUGUGUUUCAGGCUCAAGCUCCAGAGGCUCUUCCUCCAGCAGCAGAAACCUGCAACGGCGUUUUCAUUUCCUACGACUUCCUCAACCGCAGGAAGGAAUUCCCUCGCGUCAAGAACGCCACCGCACAAGCCUGGGCCUUCAACUCCACCGCCACCGUCCUCAACGCCGGCACUCAUGUCAUCAAAGCGUGGAAACUCUUCAUCGGUUUCCAACACCGCGAGAUUCUAGUCUCUGCCGCUGGAGCCACCAUGUUCGACGCUUUCGAGCUUCCUGCUCCCGUCGGUAACGGAACUACCUUCGUUGGAGGUUCUACGCCUGAUUUAGAAACCUCCAUCAACACAGCCAUGGAUUUGACACAAAUUCAAGUGCAGAUUCAACUCUCUGGCACCCAGUUUGGGCUUAAGCCCCCUGCAGCUCCCAUGCCUAAAACCAUCAAGUUGGUCAAUGAUGGAUACAAGUGCCCCCAACCAAGUCUUCGCAAGAGAUCCAUGUGGGCAUGUUGUAAAAAAGACCCCAAAUUCAAGUCUCCGCUUAAGAAGACCAAGUUCUUGAAGCGCCAGAAAGGGGACCUGACCAUAUCCUAUGAUGUUCUUCAAGUGUAUGACAACAACUACCUUGUUCAAGUGACCAUGGAGAAUCACAGCCCUCUGGGACGCUUGGAUCGUUGGAACUUAACAUGGGAGUGGGCAAGAGGCGAAUUCAUAUCUAGCAUGAAAGGCGCUUUCACGCGUGAAAUAGACUACUCGGGUUGCGUCAACGGCCCUGCAGGUCAGUACUACAAGGACAUGGAUUUCUCCAAAGUCCUCAACUGUCAGAAGAAUCCAGUGAUCAGUGACUUGCCUCCAGAGAAAUACAACGAUACUGAGAUUGGAAAAAUACCCAAUUGCUGCAGAAACGGCUCAAUUUUACCCACCAUCAUGGAUCAAACACAAUCCAAGUCUGUUUUCCAAAUGCAGGUGUUUAAAAUUCCACCUGACAUGAACAAAACAGCUAUUUUCCCUCCAGAGAAGUGGAAAAUAAUGGGUGUCCUUAACCCGGAUUACAAAUGUGGACCACCUCUCAAAGUGGAACCUGCUAGAUUUCCUGAUCCUAAAGGACUUGAUGCUUCUGUUAUCACAGUUUCAAGCUGGCAAAUUGUCUGCAACAUUACAAAACCAACCAAGCGAAAUGCUCGCUGCUGUGUCUCUUUCUCUGCCUACUACAAUGAGUCUGUUGUCCCGUGCAACACGUGUGCUUGUGGGUGUGACGACACUGAUCACUGUAACCCGGACGCCAGAGCAAUGCUUUUGCCGUCGGAAGCAUUGCUCGUGCCGUUCGAGAACAGGUCAGUUAAGACAGUUGCUUGGGCUAGAUUAAAGCAUUUUCGCUUCCCGAGAAAGUUACCGUGCGGUGACAAUUGUGGAGUUAGCAUAAACUGGCAUGUGGCUUCAGAUUACAAAGGUGGGUGGAGUGCUAGAAUCACGUUGUUCAAUUGGAAGCCUGACCCUUUUAAGAACUGGUUCACUGCACUGCAGUUCAAGAAGGCAGCUCUGGGUUAUGAUAAAGUGUAUUCCUUCAAUGGAACAUUCCUACCACGGAUGAACCACACUAUUUUCCUGCAAGGAAUGCAAGGAACCAGCUAUUUGAUUGGUCAAGACAAUGGAACGAAUCCAAAAGUGCCAGGGAAACAGCAAUCUGUUAUUUCCUUUUCUAAGAAACACACACCUGGUAUCCACAUAGCAAAAGGUGAUGGGUUUCCUUCAAAGGUAAUAUUUAAUGGAGAAGAGUGUUCAAUUCCAAUCCAAUUCCCUGUGGGAAGUGGAAGCCAGCAUAAUGUAGAUUUAGUACAAAAAUAUUUAGUCUUGGUUUUAGUAGUGUUUACAAUCAAUCACAUAUUGCAUUAGGAUGCCCAAUUUUAACAGCAGUUCAAUUAGAUAGCUUUAUGUAUCUAGCUUUGUUUCAUAUCUGUCUCCCAUCUAUUAGGAUGCCCAAAAGUUUUUCAUGCUCAAAAUUACUUAUAAGUAGGUGGUAAGCUAUUUCU